AGCUUUAGCUGCACCCGUACUAUGUAAAAAAGUAACCAGAGAAAUAGAAAGAAAUUUCCUGUCUAUAUACAGAAAGUAACUACUUAAGCAAAAUCGUGCAUCAUCGGACUGUUUCGAUUGUCGCCCGAAGUGGUAAAAAUAGAAAGACUUUCACAGCUCUUUCUUUAUCUAUUUUCUAACCUAAUGGUAUACCCUGCCCUGACCGUUUCACUAACUGUAACAAGGAUAACUUUAAAAGAAAUAAUGGCAACCGAAGAGUUUGAAAGAGAUUUUAAAACAACUUCUGAACAUUGGGACGUAAUUAUAAAUUAUCCCAUGUUAUUAAAAUCCAAAUUUGGAGGAUUUGAUGGAGAUAAUAUUAAAAUAAAAGAAUUGUGGGAAGAAAUGAUUGGAAUCCUCAACAGUUUAGGACAUGGACAACGUUCUAUACAGAAAUGGAAAGAGUUUUAUGCUACAGGCUAUUGGACGCUGGAAAUCCAAAGUAAAAGCAAAAGCAAGACGUCAAAGGCAGGAAAUGACUGCAACAGGUGGUGGAUCUAUGAAAACAAUACCACUCACCCAAACGGAAGAAAAAUUAAUGGCCAUCUUAGGGUGGAAAGCUGUAACUGGAGAUUUAAACAAAGAAUUAGGAAUAGUUGACUCCAAUACAACUAUUAAUAAUAAAGUCACAACAGAACGAUCUACAAAUAAUAAAAUUAUAACAUCAACUCCGAGUAAAGUAAUAUUAUCCACAUCUGUACAACCUUUUAUUCGUACAAACACUGAAAUGAUUAUACCCGAGAAAGUGUUUUUAUGUAAUUUGCAGUCGAUAGCAUGGCAAUCUGGGACGAAAGAAAUGACACAGUCAGCAUCGACUUCAACGUCGACAAAAGAAAUGACACAAUAUAAUAUUUUUGAAAAUAAAAACAAGAAGAUAUUUCAAGAAGCGAAGACUGUUAGUAGUCCGAUACAAACAGUGCUAUCAACAUCCAAAUCUUCAGGAAUAAUAGAACCUCCACCAUUAGUGCUAUUAAAGAAAGGAACAGCAAAUGGAGAUAAAGAAAAACCUUCUGUAUCAACGUCAAACAAACGAACAGUAAAUGAAGACAAGGAGAAUUUUUCAUUACAAAAUAAGAAAAGAAUAAUUACGUCAUCUGAUAAAAGCCAACGAUAUGUGACUUUGACCACAAUGCAUCGAGAACAAACAGAUAUAUUAAAUAAUAUUAAUCUAAAUAUUCAAAAUGCUUCUUAUCACUUAGAACAGAUUGCAUCUAAUAUCAAUCAAUUGGUUAAUUAUUAUAUUACAAAUGAAAAAACAGAUAACGAAUUUGAAUCUGUUGAGUUUCUUGAUGACAAUUACAAUAUGACAGAAUAAUUUCAUAAUUUUAUUUGUUUUAUAUAUAUAUAUAUAGUUAUAUUGAAAGUAUAUAUUAAAAGUUAUUGCAUUGUGAUUAAAGUUACAUGUCGUUGAUCUUUAAGGUGCUUUUUCACGCUGACGCUUGACACUCAUUUUUAGCGUGAAAAGACAUCACGUGAUUAAAAAUAAAGAUACCCAUUCGUCAUUUUUAGUCACAUGGUGUCUUUUGACGCUGAAAAUGAGCGUCAAGCGUCAGCGUGAAAGGAUACCUUUAACGGUGCCUUAUUAUAUAUGCCAACCUUAAAGGGUGCCUUUUUAUGGGCGUCAGUUGACGCUAAUAUUCUGACCUAUUCUGACCAAUUCUAACGCGUAAACGUUUUCACGCGUCAGUUUUGUAACUUGCGUUGUCUAUCGCGUGCGACGAUUGGACGCUGGUUUGACGCUAUAGAAGUUAGAAAAUUCGAACUUCUUCAACGUCGACGUAGAAACUAUCAUGACGUCACAAAUCGUCUUGACGCGCGUCAACUGACGCCUAUGAAAUGGCACCUUUAUACGAUACAUAUUACAAAUUUUUAGUAUAUAAGUGAAAAAAGAAUUAAUAAUAUUUGUAGAGAAAGAGAAAGAGAGAUGAAUGCAAUAAUGACAAUGUUAAAAUUAUAAGAAAAAAAAAAAGAUUAAAACGUAUAUUUUUAAGAGAUGAAAACAAUCCAUUUAAUCUACCGAAUUUAUAAUUUAAAGAUUUAUUUCGCUUCCAAAGAAUUAAUGCAAUAGUUAAUACAUAGAGCCAAAGAGAUAUAAAAGUAUAAAUUUUAAUUUUUCAUUACUCACUAUUAAUAAAAUGUACGCUAACGACAUAGUUGGAUUAUAAUAUUAAUUGUAAAAUUGUCUUGCUGUAGAAAUUAUUAAAAAUAAUUUGAACAACUAUUUCACAGUUAAUAUUAUCAGCGUAUUUCGAAAUGCACAGUUAAUUUUAAAAACUCUAUAGCAUACAUUAGAAUGUAAAUGCGAUCACCUUUAAUAUUAUCCCUGAAUAUAAAAUUGCAGUAUUACGAUAUUUUUUCUGCAAAAGCAUUUUUGUAUACAUUGUUAAAUUAAAUAAGGCAAAAAAUUAUUAAGUUUAAGUGCAAUGUUACUGUAAUAUUUUAAUAUAUGCAAUAUUAUAAAUAUUAUAAACAGAAUAUUUAUAAUCAGUAUUAUGUAGUUUAAUAAUCUAUGUAGAAAGUACAAAACUGCUGUGUUGUUUAAUACGAGAUUUUCCGUUGUUCAAUAAAAGCUGAAAAUAUUAUGUUCAGUGCAACAU